AUGAGUUCCGAAGUCGCAGCGUCGCAGAUUCGAGACACCAUCCGCCAUCUGCAGUCGCCCAUCCCAGAUCUCCAAACCCUGCAGGCCCUCCUCGCCGCCCCGCUCGACGCCAUAGGCCUCUUGCCCCCGCACCACCAGUCUUGUAACACCUCCCCCCUCCCUCCCGGUUCCUUGGUGGUCGCUCGACAUCUCCCGCCGCUCCAGCGUGCCCUUCUCGAGCAUGUCGUCCCGACAUGGGGGCCGGCACUCCAGGAGGCCCAGCUCGAGCCGCUGCUCGAGCAGUAUUUCGUCCCGGACGCGUUCUCUUACGCCAUCCCUGCGGCGGGAGAGGUCUCCCUGCACGCGUACACGACGCUUCUCUCGCCGCCUCUGACUCCGUACGCCAUCGACUUGCUCGCUCGCCUGUCUAGAGCGUAUCCUAUCGACCGCCUCCAUGCCACCGUGUUCUCAGGCCGGCCGUUCGCGGGCGCGGCUGCUCUGCUGGCCUGGGACGACGCUGUGAAGAACGUCCUCUCCGUGCCCGCAAAGGUGGCUAAUGCGCUCGGCGGCAGAGGCGAUAUCCCCCUAGAGCUGGAGCAGGGGCACUACUUCGAUAACCUCUGCCUGCGGUCCGAGGCCCUGAUGCACUCGCUCGCGCUCGGACAACCCAAAGGUGCCAUGCCCUCGCUGACAUACCUGUUCACCAAACUGGCCAACGUCGGCGCGUUUCCCUCCGCCCCUCCCACUGCGCCUUCCCAACCCUCGUUCUUCCACUCCGCGCUCCCUGCCAUCCGCGCGCGGCUGCGCGCCGACGCGGACAGGACGCGGUAUUCCGCGCUGUGGUCCGAGCUCUUCGUGUCGCUGCCUUCGUCCCUCACGCUCCAGAGCAUCCUGACAUCCCUCUUCGGGCACGUGGCCGCUCCGGCUUCUGGUCUUGAUGCAUCGUCGGCAGCGCGGGGCCUCGUGAAGCGCGAGGCGGGACUCCUGCGGGGCACCGUAGGCGAGCUCGCCAAUGAUUCGAGUUUGUGGGAGAGCGUGGGCGCGGCGAUCCUCAGCAGAGAUUGGAGCGAAGGCCAUGCAAGAAUAUUCGCGUGCUGGGCCGCCGGUGGGCAAACGGAGUCCGUGAACGGAGGAGCUCUGGAUGCUUUGUUGUCGAAAACACUCGAUAUGUGGUCUUCUCCGGAGCACAUCAAGCAUUCGCUGCUGUCCCGCCACCACUACGUCACGCUUCUCCUCCUGGCGACGAUCGCCUACCUCCCACCCGCCUCGGCCGUACUCGCCGACAUCGCCUUGUCCCUGCCCUUCAUUCGCAGCAUCGGCACGUAUAUCGGGCACCUCGACCCCUCCGUGCGGCGAUGCGGCAUGCUCGUCGCGGAAGAGGUCGCGCACAAGACCGGGAAGCAGCUCGACUUUGGCGACUGGGAGGGCGACGAGGGCGGUAAGGCGUGGGCGCGGGGUGUGCGCGCGCUGCUCGCUGGAAAAGACGCGGACGCGGACGAUCUCCCCGAGGACGCGCAGGCGACAGAGCGCGAGUUGUCCGUCGAGGAGCUGCUCACGGGCGAGAUAUCCGAGCCGCCAGACGGCGAGUCCGCGCGCCCGUCGGCCUCCGCCUCCGUGCAGCUUGGCGGGUACGACUCGGACGACUCGGUUACGGGGUACGCGUCCCCCGCGUCGUCUUCGCGCACGCCGUCUCCGACACCUUCCGAGCUCGACGAGUACGAGAAGGACCCGACGGUGCGCAUGGGGCGCGACAAGAUCCAGAGGCCCGUGUACCUCGCGCAGCUGGGCCAGAUGAUCCGGAACACGAGCGGCUUGAAGAGCGAGCAUGAAAAUCAGGAGGCGGACAAGAUCGAGGUCGCCCUCGCGGUGGCGGAGGAGUUGAUCCGUAGAAAGCGAGGGUUUGGGACGGAGUUGGAGGAGAACGCAGUCAAUCUGAUCUAUGGGUUCGUUGGAUUGCAGGACAACUACGAGAUCACCGAAUUUGAUCGGAAGCGCCAGGCGGCGCUGAACGCACUCGUGGCGUGCAGUCCUCGCAAAGCCGCUCCCGCCGUCAUCGAGGAGUUUUUCAAGAACCAGUACUCGACGGAUCAGCGCUACGUCAUGCUCAACUCCCUCGCCCUCGGCGCGCGCGAGCUCGCAGGCAUGCCUCUCCCGCCCACGGCCCCUGUGCACCCCCUCGUCGGCGACCGCGUCGCGUUCCCCUCCAAACGACUCCCGGCGGCCCUGCACGAUCGAUAUCUCACCGCCAGCGACGCCGCGACCGGCCAGGUCCGCGCGCUCCUCCGCUCGAUCUCUGCACAGGCAAUCGAGAACACAAAAGACGCACACGCGGACCAGAUCCCAGAGCUCGCGCGCACGCGCCGUCUGCGCCUUCGCCAAACCCAAAAAGUCACCGAACUAUCUCCCCAUCCCCACCCCCCUCUCACUCGACCAUCCGAUCCCAGUGCCCACCACCCGCCGCAGCCGCCGCAGACGACGUUCGCGGACGUCGCCGUCGCGUCCUUCAUCUACCCGCUCGUCAACCGCUUCUGGCUGUUCCUCCGGGACGAGCAGACGCGCGAGGAGCGCACUGCGCACCGCGACGCGCUGCACCGCUACCGCGGCGCGGGGACGGGCCUGGUCCUCAACCCGGUCGUGCUCGUCCACUUCCUCGCGACGCUCGGCGUGCUUGUGCACGCCGCGCGCAACGCGCCAGAAUGGCCCGCCAUCGUCGCGCCCGACGCGCUCGAGCUCGCGCUCACGAUCGGCACGCGCCCCGUGUCGCUCGCGCCAGAGGACGACGACAACGACGAUGACGACGGAGAUGGCGCGGGGCCCGGUGCGCGCGGCGAGAGCAAGGAGGCGCGGGUGCUGGCGACGGCGCUGGAGCUCGCCCUCAUCGUCCUCGACGGGUCCCUGGAGAUCGACGCGGGGCGGUCCCUGGGGCUGGAGCACACCGCGCUGCUGCUGGCCGUGGGCGAGUGGGCGGGCGCAGUGUUCCAGACGCUGGAGCAGGGCGUGCUGAUGCGCGGCGGGGGCGGCGCGGCGGAGGCGCGGCUGAGCAAGGCGGCGGCGGGGGUGGUGAUCAAGGUCAGCGAGCUGUCGGACAGGUGGAGGAGGUCCAUGAUCGAUGUGGCGCUGUGAUGUAGAUGGUCGUAUGGAAGGUACGUCGUCAGGAGUGUUUGACAAGUUCCUAGAUGUACGGUCGUCGUGUUGUUGCUAGCUAUAUAUGCUGGUCGGUCUUUCCGGUA